AUGGCCACCCCUUCGUCGCAGUCCCAGGGGGACGAACUCAAGCCCGAGAUACCCCAAUCAGAGCCCUUGAGCGAUUCAACGUCUGAGAGGCUCAGUGUCCCAGAGCCUGAGAAGUUCAAGCCUGGAUGGCGCUUCCUGGCUGCCUUUGGCAGUCUCUGUAUCAUCACACUCAUGGCCGCAUUGGAUGCCACUUCCAUAUCAGUCGCGCUGCCAAUUAUGGCUAAAGCACUGGGCGGAUCUGCUAUUGAAGCUUUCUGGAGCGGAACUUCUUUCCUGUUGACGUCGACCGUUUUUCAGCCUGUCCUUGGAUCAUUCUCGCACAUCUUUGGACGCAAGACACUGAUCUACGUCAGUCUAGGUUUCUUCCUAGCUGGCUCAAUCAUCCCUGCCGUAGCCAACAACUUUACCGUCAUCCUAGUUGGUCGAUCCAUCCAAGGAGUCGGUGGUGGUGGUAUUAUCUGCUUGACUGAAAUGGUCGUGGUCGAUACCGUACCACUCCGUGAGCGAGGAAAGUGGUUCAGCUUCUUCGGAGCUAUGUGGUCGGUCGGCACCGUGGCAGGGCCCCUUCUUGGCGGUGGAUUCUCCCAGAACGUGUCUUGGCGCUAUAUUUUUUGGAUAAACCUACCAUUCCUUGGCCUCGGUGCUGCCUUGAUUACUGUCUUCCUCAAGCUCAAUCAGAAGCAUGGCUCCUUCCUUGCCAAGCUUCGAGAGGUUGACUGGAUUGGCAUGGUGCUGUUUCUUGCUUCAACGACCGGCUUCCUAAUUCCUGUCACCUGGGGCGGAGUGCAGUAUCCUUGGGACUCGUGGCGUACUCUUGUACCACUCAUCGUCUGUGGCGUGGGUAUGGUCGUCUUCGUUGUGUAUAUUGAGUUCUUUGCCGUCAACCCCCUCAUCCGCACUUCGGUGUUCAAAAACAUGUCGGCUGCCAUUCUUUACGUUUCUACGGUCAUUCACGGGAUCAUACUGUGGGCUAUCCUUUACUACAUGCCACUUUACUUCGAAGCCGUCAAGGGCUUCGGUCCGAUACUUGCCGGAGUUGCAAUGUUCCCUUGGACCUUCACUGUGGCUCCAGCUUCAGUCGCAACUGGUAUCGCGAUUGCAGUCACAGGACAAUAUCGAUGGGCAAACCGCGCCGGAUGGUUCCUUGCUACUCUCGGCAUGGGCCUCCUUAUCGUUCUCAAGCCGAACACGUCGACAGUCUCCUGGAUCUUCCUCAAUCUCGUUGGUGGUUUAGGGACGGGCAUCUUGUUUCCUGCCAUGGCUUUGGCCGUACAAGCUUCAGCCACCGCCAAAGACCAGGCGUAUGCCGCGAACAUGUUCUCCUUCUUCCGCGCGUUUGGACAAACGCUUGGUGUUGCUAUCGGCGGCGUCAUCUUCCAGAACCAGAUGAAAAAGAAGAUGCUUACAUACCCUCUUCUUGCUGACCUGGCAGUCGAGUACUCUCGAGAUGCAGCGGGCCUGGUCCAAAUCAUCAAGGAGAUGCCUGUCGGCGAGAUGAGGGAGCAGCUUAGGGAAAGCUACACGGAUGCACUAAAAUACAUUUGGAUCGUCAUGUUGGUCUUCAGUGCAGUGGCCUUCCUUGGCAGUUGGUUCAUCAAGGCUUACGACAUGAAUGGUGCCAUGGACACUGAGAGAGGAUUCUUGGACAAGGACAAGGUGGUGGAUGUCGAGAAGGAGCAGCCUAUGAUGUAA